UUUUAGGGGUAAGAGGUAUAUAUAUUUCGAUAGAUCUCGACCUUCUGCGUCGAAUGAGCUAUCGCGCAUGUCCGGAAAAAUUUGUUGGACCAAGUUAUGGCCCGGCAAAAAGUCACAGUUUUUUGCAUUUUUUCGGGAAAAAAUUUUAUUUUUUGCCGCAGUUACCCGUCCGAUCUGGGAAGUUAGGCAUCGGUGAUUUUUCUAACUUUCCAGUUGUUGGCCGGAUUGGGCCAAUUUCGAGGACUUAUAGGUUAUCGGCCAUGGCGAAUUUUUUAAAAAAAUUUUUGAGGGUGUCACUUGAGUCUGGGUGGGUCAACUUGAGUCUCGAAAAAAAGGAGGGUGGUUCAUCCUUUGAAAUCAAAAAUCUCGGGAAUGGGAAGUGCUAGAGACCUGGGGUCUUUUUUAUUCGAAUUCUGAGUGCCUCGGGCAUAUGGGAAAAUUGCCAGCGCACCUUUUUUCUACUUUUAAAAAGUCGAAAUUCGAAGUCGAAAUUUUCGACAAAAUUUUUCGACAUUUCAUUUAUGGUGAAAAAAAUUCUGGAAGCGUAGC